AGCCAUUCCAACGUCAUAUUCAUUCACAUACGGAGAAUCUUAUGAGCCAUCAGUUGUAUGCUUGCGGUGAAUCAGCGCCAUGUUGAUUUUUCACAAACCAGGUUGAGCUUCAUCAAAGAUGGCCUCGCAAGACGGGCAGGACAUAAAGCUUAGCGUGCCAAAAUUCUCGUCUUUCAAAUCGAAGGAAUCCAGCAAAGAGGAAUCUAAAACACUGGACGGGCAUCAUGAAAUACGCCGCAAGAAGCAGAGCCGUGAUGACGAGAGACCAAGUAGUCGCCGGACUGACGAGGACCGUGGUUCCAGGCGCAGUGGCCAUGAGCCUCGCCGCCGCAGAGAUCGUGACGGUGGUCGUCGAAGAUCUCGAAGUCGUGAGAAAACUGCUGAUCGAAUCGAAAAGCAAAAGCCGAAGCCUGCUUCCAAGUUAGAGGGCGUACCAGGUCUUUUCAUGAUCGAUACAAAAGGCGACCCCCUGAUUAUAAAAUACGGGGGGAUUGAUAAAUCUCAGAUACCUGCCUACCGUCGCCAUGGGGGCGGCAGGGUCCUUGGUACGGUUGGCCGCCUAGUAAUCCACCGUGAUGGGCCAAGAAACCAGUUUAGUCUUCGCAUGCCUGGAGAAGGAUUUUCUACUUUUCAAGGCAGGGAUGGGCUCCGAUCAAAGUUGCCAAAGGUGACAUCCAGGCCGAUUAGGGCCGCCACUCGGAAUGCAAAUUUGGAUGCCAUAGAUGAAGCCGAGGGGUACAUACCAUUAAGUUCAUCCAGAAAACGAAAGCGAGUCCAAUUGGAUGAUCAAUCUUCAGAUGACGAACAACCCUCAUAUCGGUCUAUUGAAGGCAAAGCAAAGCCACGGCAAUACUCAGACAGUGGCUCAGAUGAAGAUUCCGACAUGUUAACCAACAUUCUAGCAACAGAUCUAAACAAUCCGCUUAAACAAAAAUCCAUCCAGCUGAGCAAACGAGUCAAGGACUCUCCAGAUGACAUUGAUGCUUGGCUUGAGCUUGUAAAUCAUCAGGACGUCUUGCUCAGGGCUGGUGAAGAUUUUGACCAUACGAUACUAGAAAGCGAAGCCCAUAGCUUCGCAGAGAUUAAAGUAUCCAUGCUUGAAUCAGCUCUUGGAAACGUCAAAAACGCGGAAGAUCGCAGACGCGUUCUUAUUCCCUUGAUGCGAGAGGGUGUCAAAGUGUGGACUAGCAAAACAACUGCUAAGAAAUGGUCAGAUGUGAUGAAAGAUGAAGACAGCGAUUUUCUCUUGUGGAAAACACAUCUCGACUUUUUGACUUCGAAUAUUGCAACAUUUCAAUAUGAAGACAUAAAAAAAGUGCUUCUGGAUCGGUUACGCUUUGCUUUGUCUCGUCUUACAUCAGACCAGCCAAAAGAAGCCAUACAAGAAGCCAUAUUUGUAUUUUUGAGGGCUACUCGCUUCGUUCAUGAUGCCGGCUACAAAGAACUUGCGGUUGCAGCCUGGCAGGGCCUCUUAGAGUUUAACCUCUUUAGACCACUUUCCGUCGAGGACGAGCAAUCCGCACUGGAGUCUUUCAACGAUUUCUGGGAAAGCGAAGUUCCUCGCAUAGGAGACACUGGCGCAAAAGGCUUUCGACAUUACGUCGAGACUGAAGGCGCCGGAGAUGCGGCAGAGCCAGUAAAGGCACGCUCAAUUGACUUGUCUUCAUCGCGAGAUGUCUACAAAGCUUGGGCUUACCUGGAGCAAUCUCAUUCGCAAGAGGCUAAGAUGCCAGCGAGAACAAUGGAUGACGGAACUGACGAUGACCCAUUCAGAGUCGUGAUGUACUCUGAUAUUAGGCCUUUUCUCUUUUUGAUACCAUCUUCGUUUCUAGCAGAGGUUUCAAGUCAGCUUAUUGACGCAUUUUUGCUCUUCGUCGGCUUCCCACCGGCAUUUAGAGCGAGCAAUUGGACUGAAGCAGCUUAUGAUGACCAGUUUAUAUCAUCAUCCCUUAUCAAAUUCGACUUACAGCCGGUUAAGCACAAUGAUGAUCCAGACAAUUGGCAGAGAAUCGAACCUCGGUUUGAUACGGGUGUAAAGGCGGCCACCUCUCCUUCUUUGCUAUUUAGCGGCUUGAAGUGGUAUCAGUAUAUUACCACGAAGUCACAAAAUCCUACAGUCCAUCCGGUCUGGGUAUUAGAGGCACUAAAGCAGCUCGUUCACAGCGGCGGAAUAGAAAAGCUAGCUCAAUAUUACCUUGCAGUAGCGUUUUCUAAUGAGCCUACUAACAUCAAGAGGCCUGCUAAAGCACUUCUCAAACAAUACCCUGCUAAUUCUGAGCUAUAUAAUGCUUAUGCCCUUUGCGAGUUCGCCAAUGAUCCAAACGUGGCGAGUAAAGUGUUGAGGGCCGCGAUUGAAUCACCUUCGCUGUCUGAAAAAUGGUACAAAUUCUUGUUUUAUAGAACCUGGGCCUGGAUGGAGUUUGAGGAGGGAAAUAUCGGCUUGGCAAAGCUGCGGCUCUGUUCAUCAGUGGACGACACCCCGAAGGUGAUUGGAACAGAUGUUCCUGAAGUUGGCAGUACUGCACUUCUCAAGUCCCAUCAAACAUUCACCUCAGAUUUCCAUCAAUAUCUAACAGGUGAAGAUUCUGUUGGAGCGAGCACACUUGCGGAAUGCAUGAUCUUACUGUCGUACCUCACAGCUUCGGGGAAUGAAGAGCCAACAUCAGCAUCACAAGGCAAUAUUGCAGCAGCAAUGAACACAGUUGACGCGAUUUCUCGAGAAUUCCAAUCUCACGAUCAAGUCGGUGCCAAAGCUCACGAGCGUAUUUUUCAGUUUGCUGCACAACUUUUAUACCUACAUGCAUCAAAAGGACCCUUCAGGAAAGUGUACCUACGAGAGAAGCUCUCAACUUUCAUUCACCACUUCCCGCAGAACACAGUUUUUAUCUCCAUGUUUGAGUGGGCAGAUGCGAGCCUCCGUGUCAUUGAUGAGACGCGUGACCUCUUGUAUGACCAGAUUUUAGUGAAAGAGCAUGACUGCAUUAGUAGCCGCAUGUUUGUCAUUCAACACGAGCUUACACACGGCAACACCAACACGAUAAAAGCUGCAUUUGAGCAUGCUCUGGCAAGCGACGUUUGCCAGAAUAGUUCUGUGUUGUGGACAUCCUACAUUCGCUUCUGUUAUGCUCAGAAGCAGCUACGUGCUAAGGCAAAGGAUGUGUUUUACAGAGCUUUGAGGCACUGCCCUGGGUCGAAGGAAGUCAUUAUGGAAGCCUUCGUGACCCUGAUUCGCGAUAUGGAGUCUGAUGAACUCAAAGCGGUGUAUAAUACGAUGACAUCGAAGGGGAUGAGGAUUCAUGUCGACAUGGAAGAAUUUCUCGACAAGCAUAGAUCUGAAUCGUCGAAAGAGAAGAGAAGAUGAAUAUGUGACGGAUGCGUGCGCAUGUGAAUGCAUAUAUAGGUUAGAAUAUGUAGCAUAGCAUAUCUAAUACCGUUUAUCUGCUGUACCGUUUUGGGUAUGGAAUCUAAUAAUAAAUGUGGUAUUCAUACAGUAG